AUGUCAGUGGGAAACGUCAGCUUUGUAAAGGAUUUCAUCAUAGUCGGCUUUCCUGGACUUCAGCCUCAUUACUAUGGCCUUGUAUCAGCACUUCUGUUUUUUGUUUAUGUGUUUACAAUGGUUGGGAAUGCUGUAUUUUUUACUUUGUUUGUAAUGACUAAGAGCCUGCAGAAACCUGUUUAUUAUUGCAUUAUAAAUCUUGUUGUGUGUGAUGUAUUAUUCAGCACUACAACAUUACCAAAGAUAAUUAGCAGGUAUUGGUUCCAAGAUGAAACCAUUUCGUUCUUGGGCUGUUUUCUUCAGAUGUUUUUUGUGCACUAUUUUGGCUCGGUCACUGCACGUUUAUUGGCAGUAAUGGCUAUAGAUCGCUAUGCAGCAAUCUGUUUUCCACUUAGAUAUCAUAGUAUCAUAACAAACAGAAAUGUAUUCAUUUUGAUCCUGGGCUCUUGGAUGUUGGGUUUGAUAGGCCCUUUGAUGAUGGUCAUUCGAGCUUACCCUCUCCCUUAUUGUGCAAGUAACGCCAUUGUGCACUGUUACUGUGAUCAUAUUGCCAUCACAACACUGGCAUGCACAGAUAGAGAAGAAUAUAGUUAUCCAGCAUUCAUUCAUGCUAUGAUAGUACUACUGGGUUCUCUUGCUGUUAUUGUUUUCUCUUACUGUGCCAUCAUUGUGGCAGUUCUGCGUAUAUCAAGCGCUCGAGGAAGGAUGAAGACUUUCUCCACCUGCAGUCCUCAACUCAUCAUAAUUGCCCUUUUUUUCCUACCCAGGUGUUUUAAUUAUUUAUCAAGCAAUAUUAAAAUAAAGUUCAGUACUGAUUUACGAUUAGUCAUUAUUAUGAUGUAUAGUCUGCUACCACCCAUGAUCAACCCCCUCAUUUACUGUUUGAGAACAGAAGAGGUAAAGAAGGUUUUAAUCAGACAAAUUCAAAGGAAAAAAGUAGACCUCAAAUCAGGACAGACCUGA